AUGUUUGUGGCGGAUGCGGGUAAGAUGGCGGCGGUUGGCGCUAGCGGCCCUCAGCAGCAGCAGCCGCCGCAGCCCCAAGCACAGCCGCCGGCUCAGACGCAACCCCAGCAACAGCAGCCGCCGCCCCAGUACACGGACGCCUGGUACCUGGCGCUGCUGGGCUUCGCCGAGAACUUCCGUACGGCCAGCCCGCCCAAGAUCAAGCUGUGUGUGCACUGCCUGCAGGCCGUCUUCCACUUCAAGCCGACGCAGCGCAUCGAGGCCCGCACCCAUCUCCAGCUCGGCAGCGUCCUCUAUCAUCACACGAAGAACACCGAACAAGCCCGCUCCCAUCUGGAAAAGGCGUGGUUAAUAUCCCAACAAAUUCCACAGUUUGAAGAUAUCAAAUUUGAAGCAGCCAGUCUUUUGUCAGAGUUAUAUUGCCACCAGAAUCUGGUUGAUUCAGCAAAGCCACUUUUACGGAAGGCAAUACAGAUCUCCCAGCAGACACCUUACUGGCAUUGUCGACUGCUCUUUCAGCUUGCACAACUGCACACACUAGAAAAAGAUUUGGUUUCAGCAUGCGACCUCCUAGGAGUUGGAGCCGAAUAUGCAAGGGUAGUAGGAUCAGAAUAUACAAGAGCACUCUUCCUCUUAAGCAAAGGCAUGCUAUUGUUGAUGGAACGGAAGCUACAGGAAGUUCACCCUCUCCUGACUCUGUGUGGCCAGAUUGUGGAGAACUGGCAGGGUAACCCUAUUCAGAAGGAGUCACUACGUGUCUUUUUCCUGGUGCUACAAGUCACACACUAUCUGGAUGCCGGACAGGUAAAAAGCGUGAAGCCCUGUCUGAAACAGCUGCAGCAAUGUAUUCAAACCAUCUCUACGCUGCAUGAUGACGAGAUUCUGCCCACUAACCCUGCAGACCUCUUCCACUGGCUACCAAAGGAGCAUAUGUGUGUGUUGGUUUAUCUG